AUGUCCGGUCAUCAGGUGACCUUGCCAGCGCGUCCUGCCGGCCCGCCUCAGCCUUCCACUCACGCUCGUACUCCCUCGGGCGUCUCUGCUGCCUCGGGUGCUGCUCCCGGUCAGGCUCGCUCCAACUUUCCGCCCCCUCUUGGUUACGACCCCGGCAAGAUGGACACUCGUCCCCCGUUGAGCCACGAGGAGCGUGUCGGCAAGCGCGUCGACUUGCCUGCUGACGCCUACCUCAAGGCCGACAUCAGCAGCACAUUUGCCACUCGUAGCGGCUUCAACUCCGAGGGCACCCCUACCAGGCUCUCCGUCAACCAGUAUCCUGUCACCAGGAUCGCCAACAUGGAUGUUUUCCAGUACGACGUUGCUCUGAGCCCUGAACCCACCGGCGGCGUCGUUUACGACAAGGUCUGGAAGUCCAAGGCUGUCCAGCAGAAGCUUGCUUCGGUCACCAAGAAGCCCUGGAUCUACGACGGGCGCAAGCUGGCCUGGUUGGCCCAGUCGGUUGACGAGAUGCGUCUCCUGGUUGACCUGGAUGAGGAGCGCGGUCGCAAGCCUGGCGGCGAGAGGAAGAAUGCCUUCCACAUCACCAUCAGGCCCACUGGUAAAGUCCGUCUCCAGUCUCUGAGGGCUUACCUCAUGAAGACCGCUCCUUGGGACAACCAUGUGCUCGAGUGCAUGAGUUUCCUCGAUCACUUGCUCCGCCAGGGACCGUCAGAGCGCAUGAAAACUAUCAAGCGCAGCUUCUUCCACCCCUCAAUGCCCGGCCGAGAGCUCGAUAUGCUCCUCAUGGCGUACAAAGGCGUGUACGCUUCGUUUCGCUUGAGCGAGAACGUCAAGCAGAUUGGUCUGGGUGUCAAUGUUGAUGUGAGCAACCAGACCUUCUGGAAGGCCAACCCAGCCGACAAGAUGAUCAAGUACGUGAUCAACACUUACGGCGGUUUGAGAAGAGACCAGCUCCAGAACCUGGAUGACCAGAUGAUCACCAGUGUGUUGAAGCCCCUGGUCAGCCAGGGAAGGUACGAGCAGUCUGAGGCCAUGAGGGCUCUGCGCCGCCUGAAGGGCUGUCGCUUCACGCUCUCCCAUCGCCCCAAUGAGACCAAGGAGUACAAGAUCAAGGGCUUCGCCUUCGACAAGAAGUACGGCCCGAACGGCGCCAACUCCUACAACGUCAAGUUCAACUGGAGACAGCAGGAUGGCACUGAGAAGGAGAUCUCCAUCAGGGACUACAUGAAGGAGAGAUACGGCUAUCUGGUCCGUCAAGCCGGCUGGCCCGUCAUUGAGACGACACGUGCUGGAUCUUUUCCUGCCGAGGUAUGCAACAUCGUUGCCUUCAACCAGUACCAGUACAAGCUGGACCCUCAACAGACUGCCUCCAUGAUCAAGUUUGCCGUUCAGCGCCCGGACCAGCGCAAGAAAGACAUCAGUGCGUCGGUUCAGCGUCUCGACUGGGCCAACGACAAGUACCUCAAGGCCUUUGGUGUCAGCAUCUCGCCCGAAAUGGCCAAAACUGAGGCCAAGGUGCUCAGGCACCCUGAGGUGUUCUUUGAAAAGAAGACCGCUAGACCCCUGAACACCGGUCGCUGGGACCUUCGCGGCGCCCGGUUCAUCGAAGGCAACAAGGAGCCCUUGACCCAUUGGGGCUUCAUUGGACUCAACAUGUGUGUCGACGGGAGGGCGGUGAGCAACUUUGUCCAACAAUUCACGAACAUCUACAAGGGACAUGGCGGCAGAAUUGCGAAGAACCCCUAUACGACCAACAUCAAUGCAAACCCAGCUACCCUAGCCGACGAACUUCACAAGCACGUCCCCCAGAUUGUCGCAGGUAGAAAAGACCUGUGCCCGCAGAUCGUGUUCAUUGCCGUCCCGGACAAGUCUGCUCAUUUGUAUGAGCGCCUCAAGAAGAUUUUUGAGUGCCGCUACGGCAUUGUCACUCAAGUCCUGAAUUGUGACCACGUCAAGAAGGCACAGGGGCAGUACAUUUCCAAUGUCUGCAUGAAGGUCAACGCAAAGUUGGGCGGACAGACGUCCAGCCUUACUGCCACCAAGGCCAAGUCUCACAACUUCUUCACCAGGCCCACCAUGAUGAUUGGUGUUGAUGUGACUCACGCAUCGCCGGGCUCAGACAUGCCGUCUAUUGCUGCCAUGUGCGCCUCAGUCGACGUGGAGGGUUAUCAGUACCGCGCUGCCGUCCAGACCAACGGCUGGCACAACGAGAUCCUGACCGACGAGAACAUCAACACCUGGAUUCCCACUUUCCUCAAGGCCUACAAGGAGAAGACGGGCAGAGAGGUUGAGGAUAUCUACUACUUCCGUGACGGUGUCUCCGAGGGCCAGUUUGCCCAUGUCAUGGAGCAGGAGGUGAAAGCCAUCAAGAAGGCCUUCAGGGAGAGGAGCAAGAAGGAGGCCAAGAUGACGGUGAUUGUGGCCACCAAGCGCCAUCACAUUCGCUUCUUCCCCGACAAGGGAGACAAGAACGGCAACCCCGAGCCUGGCACGCUGGUGGAGAGGGAGGUCACGCAUCCCUUCCACUAUGACUUCUUCCUGAACUCGCAUUUUGCGCUCCAGGGCACGGCGCGUCCUGUUCAUUACCACGUCCUUAUGGACGAGAUCAAGCCCCAGGUGAACAACUUGCAGAGGAUGAUUUACCAACAGUGCUACACCUUCUGCCGUGCCACCACGCCCAUCUCGUUGCAUCCGGCUGUCUACUAUGCCCAUCUGGCGGGUGCGCGUGCCCGCUGCCACGAGAACCGGGACUAUGGUAACAAUACACGGGUUCCUGAGAAGGUCAGGGACCAGGUGAACAACCCGAACAACUUGGUUGCCAAGCAUCAAGAUCCCACUACUUACAGCAGCGACUGGAAGAAGAACAACCCGCCUCCAAGGCUGAUUCCCAUGCAAGCCCGCAUCCACAACACCAUGUGGUGGGUCUAA